AAGAUAGCUAAAACGGGGUCGCUUUGUUGUGUGGCUGCAAGGCCACAUGGGUCUAAUGCGCCCAACCGGGACUGGUCUGUAGGACCACACGAGCCCUACUGGAGAACUAAUACAAGCUUUUCUCCUCCACCUUCAAGAUGGGACUUACAAUUCCAACCGGAACUGGUGUCAUUUGGUUCCCAUGAUGGUGCUCAGUUGUAUGGAUCUUCCCCAUCAUCCAAUAGUAGAGAAAGUAGAAGUUGGGUGAGAGGAAAUAAUCUGACAAAUCAUCAGUUUCUCGUGUCCGAUGGCGUUGGUCCCUACUUAAGCAGUCCAGUUGACAUAUCUCCUUCGCAGCAAUGGACACCCCCCGCAAUACAAGAAAUAGGCACCGAUGAUUGCGGAACUUCUACGAGAGAUGUAGUGUGGAGGCCAGUAUCCCUUUCUCCCACAAUGGAGGGAAUAUCAGCAGCUAGGGACAGCGGAGGCUCCACAUCACCCCGAUCAGAUAGUAGUUGCGAUUAUGAAUACACAGUCAAGUCACAUACCCCUCAUCGUAACCGUCGUUGCUUUAUGUCUAAAGCUAUUCAUCCUCUGUCCCUUCCAUCAGAAAGAGCAACUCCACGAAGAGAGAGUACUGGUAUUGAUAUCACUGAAGCGCCCGAGAUGUUUGAAUGUGAUCUUCCAAACAGGUCUCGGAUUCGUGCAGAUUGUUUCAGAUGUGGGCUGUGUGAGAGGUUCCUUUCACAGAGAUCUCCAUGGAGCUCUUGUGGGAUUAUCAAGAGUGGAGAUAUGCCGGACACUGGAGUCCUUUCGUGUCGCCACGUCUUCCAUGCAGAGUGCUUGGACCAAACAACGCCUAAAGCUCGUAAGAAUGACCCUCCGUGUCCCAUCUGCAUCAAGAUUGAAGAAGAGUGCUCGCCAGACCAGAGAAUGUUUUCCAAACUGAGGAACUCCUUCCCUCGUCUUAAAGAUGUGCCAUCUAAGCAAUGGGGCUGUGUUCAAGCGGGGGAUUGUGUUGAAGGAGCAUUGCACACACCGAGUCGAAACACGUUGUUGUCGCUUAACAGGAACCAAAUGCGGAAGAACCUCUCGUUGAAGGGAAAUGCAGGGAAAUUAAGGACGAGUGGCUCGUUUUCGCCCCAGAUUUUUGCCGGUUCAUGUGAACAUGCUGCUGCUGGUUCCUCCAAGACAAGUGGGGGUUAAAGUUUCAACUAAAGAGAAUGUAGAAUUUUUGUGUAGAGAUAGGAAGGGAUGGGUAAUGAGUCAUGAGUUGUGCAGCUUACUAUUUAUUUGGCUUCAUUGUGACUUAUGACUGGUGUUGUGUGCAGUGGUAUGUAUGUUGGUUCUUGCCAUGGUAUUUAGAAAAAGUGGCUCUUUGUUAAAUAUGCAACAUUUGUUUUUCGGCA